UUUUGAAGUACAACGUCUCUUCCUGCCGUCUUUGCCUUCUUCAUAGGAAAUGGAACGUCCUGCAGGGACGGAGAACCGAAACUGGGGGUUCCUUCUAGGCCUCCUUUCUAUGGUGGAAUAAAUGCAGCUUCUGGGCUGCCGGAACAGGCUCUGGUGACUUUUGAGGAGUGGGCGCUGCUGGAUCCAGGCCAGAGGGCUUUGCACAAGGGAUUCAUGGAGAAGAAUCAUGGGAUCCUGGCCUCUCUAGCUGAUUGCAGGGAGAGCGAUGAAAAUGGCGUACACCAGAGGAGGAAAACUGAAGUUGAAGAGAAAUGGGGAAACAAAUCCAUCUCUAUCGAAGGGUUAGAUAUCCAUGAAAUUCCAGUACUAGAAGAAUGUUUUGAAGGAAGUACAAGGAAUAUUCACAAUGCGGAGAGACCGUGGGAAUUUUCUGAGGAUGUCAAGGGUCAGCAGAUACACUUUACCAAAUGUCAGAGAACCGACAUAGAAGAGAAAAUAUUUCAGUGCUUGGAGUGUGGAAAGCAAUUCAGUUGCAAAUCGAACCUUAACUUGCAUAAAAGAAUCCACACAGGGGAGAAGCCCUAUCAGUGCUCAGAGUGCGAUAAGAGUUUCGCUUGCAGCUCUGACCUUAAGCGACAUGAAAGAAUUCAUUCAGGGGAGAAGCCCUAUGAAUGCUCAGAGUGCGGGAAGAGCUUCAGUCGGAGCGGCCACCUUAAGCUGCAUCAAAGGACUCACACAGGUGAGAAGCCCUUUCAGUGCUCUGAGUGUGGAAAGGGUUUCAGUUGCAGCAUGAACCUUAAAAACCAUCAGAGAAUCCACACAGGCGAGAAGCCUUAUCACUGUGCAGUAUGUGGAAAGAGUUUCACUCAGAGCGCGCAUCUUAAAGCGCAUCAAACUGUCCACACAGGCGAGAAGCACUAUAAUGUUUCUCCCCUUCCAUCUAUGUCAGACAGCUCUUUCUCAGACAACCACAAACCUCAUUAAUUUUUGGUCUUUUACGCUAACGGAGGACAUUGAAAAUAUAAAAUAUUUUCUGGCUGAGUGCAAUAAACUUUUAACUAUUCUGGCGGAAAUUUGCAAAAAUCUUUGGCUGGGAUCUGGAAAAGAGGCCCUUGGUUUGGUGACUAACUAUAACAGACUGCCUACAAAAGGCAUAAAUUUGCCAAAAAAUAAGUUGCACAAUAAAGACGACAGCAGAAAGCAAGUCACACUCAUGAAAAACAGCAAAAACGUAUUUCAAAAAAUCAAAAAUCCAAUUACAAAAAAAAAUGGAUUCCAAGAAACUUUUCAAAUUUCUUAAU